AUGGCUGAUUACUCACGACAGGCUGUUUAUGCUCCUGAUGAGUUAUGGAAGAUUGAUCAAUUCUUGAUGGGUUUGAGGGCCGACAUUGCUCAUAGUGUGUCCCAGAGGGAGUUUACUACUUAUGCUGAAUGUUUGAGGCAAUGUUAUGUGGCGGAGAACAGCCUUAAGAGGGUGCAAGAGGAGAGGAACCAGAACAGGACUAACUACAGGGAACAAGGGAAAUCUGCUCAACACCUGAAGCCCCGUGGUUUUCCACCAAAGAAGAAGCAAGGAUAUGGCGACCAAUCGGCUCAACCUCCUUAUUGUCACAAGUGCAAGAAGAAACAUGCUGGAGAGUGCGAGCCUACUACAAUUACCUGUUUCAGAUGCGGUGAGCCAGGUCACAAAUCCCCGUUUUGUCCAAAGAAGAAAGAUCAGGAGAAGACUACAGGUCGUGUUUAUACCUUAGAUGCAAGAAAGGCCAAAGGAAACAACAAUCUCAUCGCAGGUACUUGUUAUGUAAACAAUCAACCCUUAUGUGUGUUAGUUGAUUGCGGAGCUACGCAUUCCUUUAUCUCUACCGAGUGUGCUUACCGACUUGGUUUGGAAGUUACUCCCUUACCCGACCCUAUGGUCAUUUCUUCAGCCACGGACGAUACAGUGGAAGCUCGACUGAUUUGUAAGGAUUGUUCAGUAUCUUUUAAUGGUCGUGACUUUCCGAUUGAUCUAAUUUGUUUACCUCUUAAGAGACUCGAUGUCAUUCUUGGAAUGGAUUGGUUGUCUCCUAAUUCGGUGUAUAUUGGUUGCAAGGAAAAAGCCAUAUUCAUUCCUGCUAAAGAAACAUCCUCCGAUGAUGCAAUUACCAAGUUGAUUGAAGGUACGAUCAGCGCGGUCAAUUAUCUCUUUUCACAAGAAAGAUCUUUUCUUUUGGUUCUUUCCGAGGAACCCUCCGUGAGGGUGGUAUUGUCGGAAAUACCUGUUGUGUGCGAAUAUCCUGAUGUCUUUCCUGAGGAUAUCACUUCUCUUCCUCCGGAAAGGGAAGCGGAAUUCUCAAUUGAUCUUAUUCCUGGCACUGCCCCAGUUUCUAUCACUCCAUAUAGGAUGUCUCCUAUUGAACUCAGAGAACUGAAGAGCCAGCUGGAAGAGCUUCUAGUUAAGCAUUUUAUUCGGCCCAGUGUUUCUCCAUGGGGAGCUCCUGUUCUGUUGGUGAAAAAGAAGGAUGGGAGUAUGCGUUUGUGCAUCGACUAUCGUCAGCUGAAUAAGGUCACUAUAAAGAACAAAUACCCCUUACCGCGGAUUGAUGACCUCCUAGAUCAGUUGAAAGGAGCCAGUGUGUUCUCGAAGAUUGACCUCAGGUCAGGAUUUCAUCAGAUUCGGGUUAAGAGCUCAGAUAUACCUAAGACUGCAUUCAGGACUCGGUAUGGUCAUUACGAGUUUUUAGUUAUGCCUUUUGGUGUGACUAAUGCUCCGGCGGUUUUCAUGGAUUAUAUGAAUCGAAUUUUUCAACCGUACCUGGAUCAGUUUGUAGUGAUCUUCAUUGAUGACAUCUUAGUGUACUCACGUUCUCCGGAAGAACACGUCGAGCAUUUGCGGAUUGUGUUGUCUACUCUUCGAGAGAAGCAAUUGUAUGCCAAGUUCAGUAAGUGUGAGUUUUGGUUAUCCGAAGUAAGUUUCCUUGGUCACGAGGUUGCAUUUGAGUGGGACUCAGAAUGUGAGGAGAGUUUUCAGAAACUUAAGGAGAAGUUGACCACUGCACCUGUACUGGUGAUUCCAGACCCGGACCGAUCUUACGAAGUGUUCUGUGAUGCUUCUAAGAGAGGUUUAGGCGGAGUAUUGAUGCAAGACGGUAAAGUCGUGGCUUAUGCGUCUCGACAAUUGAAAUCUCAUGAAGAGAAUUACCCUACUCAUGACCUUGAGCUUGCGGCAAUAGUCUUUACACUCAAGGGAAGGCUAAUAAGGUAG